AUGUAUAAAGUGAAUGAAGAGAAUAAAGUGAAUAAAGUGAAUGAAGAGAUUGAAGAGAAUAAAGUGAAUAAAGUGAAUAAAGUGAAUAAAGAGAAUAAAGUGAAUAAAGAGAAUAAAGUGAAUGAACAGAAUAAAGUGAAUGAAGAGAAUGAAGAGAAUAAAGUAAAUAAAGUGAAUGAAGAGAAUGAAGAGAAUAAAGUGAAUAAAGUGAAUAAAGUGAAUAAAGUGAUUAAAGUGAAUAAGAAUGAAGAGAAUGAAGAGAAUAAAGUGAAUAAAGUAAAUAAAGUGAAUAAAGAGAAUAAAGUGAAUAAAGAGAAUAAAGUGAAUGAAGAGAAUAAAGUGAAUGAAGAGAAUGAAGAGAAUAGAGUGAAUGAAGAGAAUGAAGAGAAUAAAGUGAAUAAAGUGAAUGAAGAGAAUGAAGAGAAUACAGUGAAUAAAGUGAAUAAAGUGAAUAAAGUGAAUAAAGUGAAUAAAGUGAAUGAAGUGAAUGAAGUGAAUGAAGAGAAUAAAGUGAAUAAAGAGAAUAAAGUGAAUGAAGAGAAUAAAGUGAAUAAAGUGAAUAACGAGUGA